AUGUCUUGGAACAGGUUUCAAAGAGCAGCCCUUUCUGAGGCAAAAAAUGAUGAUUUGACAUCUCUCCAAGCAGCAUCAUCCAAUGGUCACCUCGAGGAUGUACAGGUUCUCAUUGGCCAAGGAGCAGAUAUAAAUAGGGCUGGUAUUGAUGGCAAGACACCUCUCUACGCGGCAUCAUCCAAUGGUCACCUCGAUGUUGUACAGUUUCUCAUUGGCCAAACAGCAGAUUUAAAUAGGGCUGGUAAUGACGGCGGCACACCUCUCCAAGCGGCAUCACUCAAAGGUCACCUCGAUGUUGUACAGUUUCUCACUGGCCAAAAGGCAGAUCUCAAUACGGCUGAUGAUGAUGGCAGGACACCUCUCCAUGCGGCAUCAUUCAAUGGUCACCUCGAUGUUGUACAGUUUCUCAUUCACCAAGGAGCAGAUCUAAAUAUGGCUAGUAAUGGUGGUAGGGCACCUCUCCACGCGGCAUCAUCAAAUGGUCACCUCGAUGUUGUACAGUUCCUCAUUGGCCAAGGGGCAGAUCUAAAUAGGGCUAGUAAUGGUGGCAGGACACCUCUCCACGAGGCAUCACUCAAAGGUCGCCUCGAUGUUGUUGAGUUUCUCACUGGCCAAACAGCAGAUUUAAAUAGGGCUGUUAAUAAUGGCAGCACACCUCUAGAAGCGGCGUCACGCAAAGGUCACCUUGAUGUUGUACAGUUUCUCAUUGGCCAACAAGCAGAUCUAAACAGGGCUGGUAGAGCAGAUCUAAAAGGGGCGGAUAAGGAUGGAAGGACACCUCUCUACGCGGCAUCACUCAAAGGUCACCUCGAUGUUGUUCAGUUUCUUAUUGGUCAAGGAGCAGAUCUAAAAGGGGCGGAUAAGGAUGGAAGGACACCUCUCUACGCGGCAUCAUUCAAUGGUCACCUCGAUGUUGUACAGUUUCUUAUUGGCCAAGGAGCAGAUCUAAAAGGGGCGGAUAAGGAUGAAAGGACACCCCUCUUCGUCGCUUCAUCCAAAGGUCACCUCGAUGUUAUACAGUUUCUUAUUGAUCAAGGAGCAGAUCUAAAAGGGGCGGAUAAGGAUGGAAGGACACCUCUCCACGCGGCAUCACUCAAAGGUCACCUCGAUGUUGUACAGUUUCUUAUUGGCCAAGGAGCAGAUCUAAAAGGGGCGGAUAAGGAUGGAAGGACACCCCUCUUCGUCGCUUCAUCCAAAGGUCACCUCGAUGUUGUACAUUUUCUUAUUGAUCAAGGAGCAGAUCUAAAAGGGGCGGAUAAGGAUGGAAGGACACCUCUCCACGCGGCAUCAGCAAACGGUCACCUCGAUGUUGUACAGUUUCUUAUUGGCCAAGGAGCAGAUCUAAAAGGGGCGGAUAAGGAUGGAAGGACACCUCUCUACGCGGCAUCAGCAAACGGUCACCUCGAUGUUGUACAGUUUCUUAUUGGCCAAGGAGCAGAUCUAAAAGGGGCGGAUAAGGAUGGAAGGACACCUCUCUACGCGGCAUCAGCAAACGGUCACCUCGAUGUUGUACAGUUUCUUAUUGGCCAAGGAGCAGAUCUAAAAGGGGCGGAUAAGGAUGGAAGGACACCUCUCUACGCGGCAUCAGCAAACGGUCACCUCGAUGUUGUACAGUUUCUUAUUGGCCAAGGAGCAGAUCUAAAAGGGGCGGAUAAGGAUGAAAGGACACCCCUCUUCGUCGCUUCAUCCAAAGGUCAUCUCGAUGUUGUACAGUUUCUUAUUGAUCAAGGAGCAGAUCUAAAAGGGGCGGAUAAGGAUGGAAGGACACCUCUCCACGCGGCAUCACUCAAAGGUCACCUCGAUGUUGUACAGUUUCUUAUUGGUCAAGGAGCAGAUCUAAAAGGGGCGGAUAAGGAUGGAAGGACACCUCUCCACGCGGUAUCACUCAAAGGUCACCUCGAUGUUGUACAGUUUAUUUUUGGUCAAGGAGCAGAUCUAAAAGGGGCGGAUAAGGAUGGAAGGACACCUCUUCAAGUGGCAUCAUGCAAUGGUGUGGAUAAAGGUGGUAUGACACCUCUCUUCACGUCCUCAUUCAGUGGUCACCUCGAUGUUGUAGAGUUUCUCAUUGGCCAAGGAGUGGAACUAAAUGGGGUUUGUAAUGAUGGCAGAACACCCCUCUUCGUCGCAUCAUCCACUGGUCACCUCGAUGUUGUACAAUUUCUCAUUGGCCAAGGAGCAGAUCUAAAAGGGGCGGAUAAGGAUGGAAGGACACCUCUCUACGCGGCAUCACUCAAAGGUCACCUCGAUGUUGUACAGUUUCUUAUUGGACAAGGAGCAGAUCUAAAAGGGGCGGAUAAGGAUGGAAGGACACCUCUCUACGCGGCAUCACUCAAAGGUCACCUCGAUGUUGUACAGUUUCUUAUUGGUCAAGGAGCAGAUCUAAAAGGGGCGGAUAAGGAUGGAAGGACACCUCUCCACGCGGCAUCAGCAAACGGUCACCUCGAUGUUGUACAGUUUCUCAUUGGCCAAAGAGCAGAUUUAAAUAGGCAUGGUAAUGAUGGUAGCACACUUCUAGAAGCAGCAUCACUCGAAGGUCACCUCGAUGUUGUACAGUUUCUUAUUGGUCAAGGAGCAGAUCUAAAAGGGGCGGAUAAGGAUGGAAGGACACCUCUCUACGCGGCAUCAUUCAAUGGUCACCUCGAUGUUGUACAAUUUUUUAUUGGCCAAGGAGCAGAUCUAAAGAGGGCGGAUAAGAAAGGCACGACACCUCUCUACAUGGCAUCAUGCAAUGGUCACCUCGAGGUUGUACAGUUUCUCAUUGGCCAAGGAGCAGAUCUAAAGAGGGCGGAUAAAGAAGGCAGGACGCCUCUCUAUAUGGCAUCAUGCAAUGGUCACCUCGAGGUUGUACAGUUUCUCAUUGGCCAAGGAUCAGAUUUAAAUAGUGCUAGUAAUGAUGGCAGUACACCUAUAGAAAUGGCAUCACUCGAAGGUCACCUUUAUGUUGUACAGUUUCUCAUUGGCCAAGGAGCAGAUCUAAAUAGUGUGGAUAAAGAUGGUAUGACACCUCUCUUCACAUCCUCAUUCAGUGGUCACCUCGAUGUUGUAGAGUUUCUCAUUGACCAAGGAGUGGAACUAAAUGGUGUUUGUAAUGAUGGCAGAACACCCCUCUUCGUCGCAUCAUCCACUGGUCACCUCGAUGUUGUACAAUUUCUCAUUGGCCAAGGAGCAGAUCUAAAAGGGGCGGAUAAGGAUGGAAGGACACCUCUCUACGCGGCAUCACUCAAAGGUCACCUCGAUGUUGUACAGUUUCUUAUUGGACAAGGAGCAGAUCUAAAAGGGGCGGAUAAGGAUGGAAGGACACCUCUCUACGCGGCAUCACUCAAAGGUCACCUCGAUGUUGUACAGUUUCUUAUUGGUCAAGGAGCAGAUCUAAAAGGGGCGGAUAAGGAUGGAAGGACACCUCUCUACGCGGCAUCAUUCAAUGGUCACCUCGAUGUUGUACAAUUUUUUAUUGGCCAAGGAGCAGAUCUAAAGAGGGCGGAUAAGAAAGGCACGACACCUCUCUACAUGGCAUCAUGCAAUGGUCACCUCGAGGUUGUACAGUUUCUCAUUGGCCAAGGAGCAGAUCUAAAGAGGGCGGAUAAAGAAGGCAGGACGCCUCUCUAUAUGGCAUCAUGCAAUGGUCACCUCGAGGUUGUACAGUUUCUCAUUGGCCAAGGAUCAGAUUUAAAUAGUGCUAGUAAUGAUGGCAGUACACCUAUAGAAAUGGCAUCACUCGAAGGUCACCUUUAUGUUGUACAGUUUCUCAUUGGCCAAGGAGCAGAUCUAAAUAGUGUGGAUAAAGAUGGUAUGACACCUCUCUUCACAUCCUCAUUCAGUGGUCACCUCGAUGUUGUAGAGUUUCUCAUUGACCAAGGAGUGGAACUAAAUGGUGUUUGUAAUGAUGGCAGAACACCCCUCUUCGUCGCAUCAUCCACUGGUCACCUCGAUGUUGUACAAUUUCUCAUUGGCCAAGGAGCAGAUCUAAAAGGGGCGGAUAAGGAUGGAAGGACACCUCUCUACGCGGCAUCACUCAAAGGUCACCUCGAUGUUGUACAGUUUCUUAUUGGUCAAGGAGCAGAUCUAAAAGGGGCGGAUAAGGAUGGAAGGACACCUCUCCACGCGGCAUCAGCAAACGGUCACCUCGAUGUUGUACAGUUUCUCAUUGGCCAAGGAGCAGAUUUAAAUAGGCAUGGUAAUGAUGGUAGCACACUUCUAGAAGCAGCAUCACUCGAAGGUCACCUCGAUGUUGUACAGUGUCUCAUUGGCCAAAAAGCAGAUUUCAAAAGGGCUGGUAUUGGUGGACGCACACCUCUCCAAGCGGCAUCAUUAAAUGGUCACCUCAAUGUUGUUCAGUUCCUCGUUGGCGAAAAAGCAGAUCUUAAUAGGCCAGGUAUUGGUGGGCGCACACCACUUCAAGUGGCAUCUUCCAACGGUCACCUCGAUGUUGUACAAUUUCUCAUUGGCCAAGGAGCAGAUCUUAAUAGUUCUAGUUAUGAUGGCAGCACAUCUCUGGAAUUGGCAUCACUCAAAGGUCACCUCGAUGUUGUAGAGUUUCUCACUGGCCAGGGAGCAGAUCUAAAUAAUAUUGUUGGGCGCACACCUCUUCAAGCGGCUUCAUUUAAUGGUCAUCUCGAUGUCGUACAGUUUCUCAUUAGCCAAGGAGCAGAUCUAAAUAGGGCUGGUAUUGGGGGGCACACACCUCUCCAAGCGGCAUCACUCAAAGGUCACCUCGAUGUUGUACAUUUUCUCAUUGGCCACAAAGCAGAACCAAAUAGGGCUGAUAAUAACUGCAGCACACCUCUCCACGCGGAGUUUAUCGAUAAUGAUCCAGCCGGUGGUUCACAACAGGAAAGCGGGAGUGUCGAAAAACAGGUGGAUAGCGAAGCAAACGUACACACCUCAAAAUCAGAACAGCUCAACAUAGACUCUGCAUCUUCUGAACAGGUCGUAGAAGAUGUUAUUCAUGAUUCGACAGGGGCAUCAGAUGAGCAAGCAGGCUUGCUUUGCAUCGAGAAGUAUGGCAUUGAAAUCCAGUUUCAUCCAAGUGAGAUUUGGGGCGUUGAAGACAUACAGGCAGUACCUGAAGUUCCAGCUGAACUGGUAGACCUGUUAACGGAGGACCAAGCAAUAAUUUGUGUUGGCCUUAAGGCGUCACCGUCUGAUGCAAAGUAUAAAUAUCCAGUAAAAGUGACGAUGCCCCAUUCAGCGAUUUUCACAAGUCCUGAUACUGCAUCUAUUGGGACGUACCAUCGGAAAAGCAGCUCCGACAGUUUUUCGUUGAUUUCCGCUGCCAAUGGUGACCCUCGAUGUGUUGUUAGAGAGCGAGACCUUCACCUC